UGUGCUUCUGUUGAAUGAGUAAAUGCGUAUGGCUGGACGGCCCAGAGGAAGGGCUACAUCAUGUUCUCAGCUGGUUAAGCUCCUUAACGUGAGCUUUUAAAAAUUUUCCUGGAUGUUCAUCUGAUGUGAUUUUGGCUGCAAGAAGUAUGUGCUGUGACAGAACAGUUGUAUGUGAAGAAAAGCUGGAGUGGAAGUCACUGGCAGAGGAUCUUGCACUUUUCAGCUGCGCCUGAAGAGUUCAGCUGACUGCGAGAUAAACAAAAUCCAGAAGUGAAAAAGGCAAUUCCUUCUGCCACAAUGAGCUCUGAACGUGAAGAAGUUGAUGUUGCAAAAACUGUUGUCAAUGGGCUGAGCAGCAAUGGACAAGAAAAAGCUGUUGACGUCCCUUUAUACACACGCUCUAUUUCUGCCGUUACAAUAAUCCCUGUGAAGAAAGUGAAAAGUUCUCCUCACCUAGUGCUGCCUACAGAAACAGAUCCCACUAAAGUCUGCAGUGGAAAAGGAGCUGUGACCCUCUGGGUAUCUUCAACCUCUGAAGAGAAUCAGAAAAUCUCUUCGCCAUGUCCUCAGGAUGCUGAGAAACCUGAAAGUCUGGAGCCAGAAAACACAGAAACAGAUGAUUGGAGAUCAUCACCCAACACUGAUGCCAACGGGGAUGCCCAACCAUCUUCUCUGGCUGCCAAGGGUUAUAGGAGUGUGCGUCCGAACCUUUCCUCGGACAGCAAGCCACAGGCCCUUCCUCCUCCCCGUCCUCCUCUCCCCAAGGAGGAAAGCUUUGCAUGGCGUCCUCGCACUGACACUAAAGCAACCAACCUGCUGCCAGUGCCCAUCAUGGAUUGUGUGUACCUGAAUGCACCCAAGCCUUCUGCUCAGCGUGCAUCACUAAAUGCCAGCUCACGGUCUUACUUCUCAUCACCCACCCCCUAUGGGGCAGUCCCCAGCGGGAAGCAAGGCUUGCCAGCAGGGCAUUUUCCUUCUUCAGGUCCCAGAGAUAUGGUGCAUGUUGGGCAGCCACUCUUGGAAAGUAGCUCCUCAUCAAAUGCAUCAUCCUUACAACGCAACCCUGACAGGGCAGAUCCCAGUAGUAAGGCUGGAAUGAAUUCCAGUCAUGAGACGAAGGCGGAUAAAAAGGUCAGCAAACUAUAUGUAGCUUGUUUAUCUAACAACACUUGCUCAGCCACGUCUGAAAAUUCCACUGGCACCACACAUGACCCAUCAGCCAGCACCAGUUUGGGAGCUGAGGUCACUCAGGCACCAGCCACCGAUAUUGUUUUCUCUGCAACGGGAAAAGCUCUUCCUGCUCCUCCUCCUCCUCCUAUUCCUCCCAGGCCGUACUUUUACAUUGUCCUCAAUAAAGACGCAGUUAGUUCUGAUGCGGGCCAGCCCUCUUGGACACAGUCAUCACCUCCGCAAGCUUUGAGGGACAGAGUGCUAGAGCCCCAGAGCACAGCUGCCACAGAGGACAGAAUGAGAAAAGAGCCUUAUCUUACCCAGCAGCGGCAGCCGCCGUACAAGGCAGUGGGACGCAGCAUGGAUGUCACUGCCACCACAACUCAGCCUGGGGUUAUAGUAGUCCCCCUUGUCCAGAUUAAUCCAGACAGACAACAAGAAGGCAGCUCCAGCACUCCUCCACCGCCUCUGGUUCCUUUUGGGCAAGGCUCCGUAUUCCCUGAGACUCUUCCUCCUGGCACACCCUUGACUUUUCCGACUCUAGAUGAUUUCAUUCCCCCACAUCUCCAGAGGGAUUCCCACCAUAACCAAGCACCCUCUGCGUCUGGCACAUCACCCUCUGUUUACCCGAAACUUCCAUUCUUCUCAACACCACCUUCACUUGUACCUCCGGUUACGGGGGCUUUGCACAGGGGCUUGAAGCCUGAAAUCACUGGAGUCAUCUCACGUACAGACCCAGGUCCUGCACUAAAUGACGUGACCCAGCCUAGCAGUGGCACUGACUAUCCAACUUCCUUCACAUCAAUCAACAAGUCAUCUUCUGCCUAUCCCUCUACCACAAUCGUCAAUCCCACUAUUGUCCUCUUGCAACACAAUCGAGAACAGCAAAAAAGGCUUAGUAGCCUGGCAGAUUCUGUGCCAGACAGAAUAAUUUCAGAUAAAGUAGAUUUGGCACUCACACAAGUCAAGCCAGUCCAGGAGCCAGUGCUGAGUGAGAGGAGGGUUUUGGAGGAGAAGAGAAUUGUCAAGAGCCCUCAGCAUAUGGCUGAUACUUCUGUUGAUGACAUUGGCAUUCCACUGAGGAACACAGACAGAUCAAAGGACUGGUACAAGACAAUGUUCAAACAGAUACACAAGCUAAACAGAGAAGACAAUCCUUAUUCUCCUACAUACCAGUUUCCUGCGUCUACUCCUAGCCCUAUCUCUGAAGAUGAAGAUUCUGAUUCAUACUCUCCUCGUUAUUCCUAUUGUGAGGACACCAGAAGCCAGCCUUCAGUUCCUCGCUCCAAGAGUGAGAUGGACCAUAUUGACUCAGAGAAGGUGUUUAAGAGGUCUGCCACUUUGCCCCUACCAAACCGUACUUCAUUGCUGAAAUCCAGCCCUGAAAGGACGGACUGGGAGCCUCCAGACAAGAAGGUGGACACUAGAAAAUACCGUGCAGAGCCCAGGAGCAUUUAUGACUAUCAGCCAGGAAAGUCCUCAGUUCUGAACAGUGAAAAAAUGACUCGGGAUAUAAGCCCAGAAGAGAUAGAUUUAAAGAAUGAACCUUGGUAUAAAUUCUUUUCGGAAUUGGAGUUUGGGAAACCGCCUCCAAAAAAGAUUUGGGAUUAUACUCCUGGAGAUUGCUCUAUCCUUACUAGAGAGGAUAGAAAGACUGAUCUAGAAAAAGACCUCUACCUCUACCAGACUGAGUUAGAGGCAGAUUUAGAAAAAAUGGAGAAGCUUUAUAAAGCGCCACAUAAAAAGCCACAGAAGAAUACAGCAGGUGUUACUCCUCUGGAAACUUCCACGGACCAUUCUUCCUACUCCACAUAUUCACCCAACUACCACGCAGCGAAGAGGGAUUCAGAACCAGCACUAGGGGACCUUGCUGCCUUGGAGAAUGAGAGACAGAUUUACAAGAGUGUGCUGGAAGGCGGAGAUAUCCCGUUCCAGGGGCUGAGUGGUCUCAAGCGUCCUUCUAGCUCUGCUUCCACAAAAGAUUCAGAAUCACCAAGGCAUUUUGCACCAGUUGAUUACAUGGAAACUCCAGAAGAAAUUAUCCGCAGGCGUUAUGAUGAUAAAGAGAAACUUUUAGAGGACCAGAGACGGCUUAAACGUGAGCAAGAAGAAGCUGAUAUUGCAGCUAGAAGGCACACAGGGGUCAUUCCAACGCACCAUCAGUUUAUCACUAAUGAGCGAUUUGGGGACCUCCUAAAUGUAGACGAUACAGCAAAGAGGAAAUCUGGGUCAGAGAUGAGACCUGCUAGAGCCAAGUUUGACUUCAAAGCACAGACUCUGAAGGAACUUCCUCUGCAAAAAGGAGAUAUUGUUUACAUUUACAAGCAGAUUGACCAGAAUUGGUAUGAAGGUGAACACCAUGGCAGAGUUGGCAUCUUCCCACGAUCCUAUAUAGAGCUUCUCCCACCAGCUGAGAAAGCUCAGCCCAAAAAGCCAUUACCAUUGCAAGUAUUGGAGUAUGGAGAUGCUAUUGCUAAGUUCAACUUCAAUGGUGAUACUCAAGUAGAAAUGUCUUUCAGAAAGGGUGAAAGGAUCACGUUGAUUCGACGAGUGGAUGAGAACUGGUAUGAAGGAAGAAUCUCUGGCACGAGUCGCCAAGGCAUCUUCCCUGUAACUUAUGUGGAAGUGCUCAAACGGCCAGUGGUCAAGAAUGCCAUUGAAUAUCCAGACCCACCUGUGUCACUCUCCCCUAACCGCAGCGUGACAGCUUCACCACAGCCUUCCCUCCAUUCAUUGAGAGCUGGACCAGAUCUCACAGAGUCUGAAAAGAGCUAUGUGCAACCUCAAGCACAGCAGCAAGGAGCCAGCCCUGACAGAAGUCAAACACCACGAGACAUAGUUAGCUACCAAGCUCUAUACAGCUACACUCCUCAGAACGAUGAUGAGCUGGAACUGAGGGAUGGUGAUAUUGUUGAUGUUAUGGAGAAAUGUGAUGAUGGCUGGUUUGUGGGUACAUCCAGGAGAACAAGGCAAUUCGGCACCUUCCCGGGCAACUAUGUGAAGCUUCUGUACCUGUAAAGUAACAGUAAUCCCACAGUGACAGAGAUGGAGCUGUUUUUCUGAUGGUGUUUUUAAACAAUGAAGAGAGAGACAAUUUAUGAAUGUAAUAGACAAGAGAUGAAAAGUGUUAGGAGGAUGUGGUUAUGUGGUACAGUAUUGAAUUGAAUGUGUAGCCCUGCUUCUACUAAUUCAGGGUAUGAUUUGUUUGCUGAAGGAGAGACAGUUUCUAGUUUACAGUGCUGCCUUUGUGUAUUCCUCUCCCCUCCCCAACAAGAGUUCUGGUGAUAACCUUAAUUCGUAUGGAGUACUUUACUUCUGAGAAGGCUUCAGGGAAGCAAAAGGUAUAGGUUUUGUUUGUGUGUUAAGAUAUGACAGUACUUUCAGAAAGUACGUGACCUUGCAGCUUCUCCGUUCACUGGUGAGGUCAGGGAGGCCAGGCUUCCUGCCUUGCUGAAGGCUUGCUGUGCUCUGCCUUCCACUCCCAUAGAACUCCCUUCCUUCAUGCCAUGCACCUUAAGACCCCGUAUGGGCAGAGGACAGCCAGUGUGGUUAAACUGCAGAACUCUGUUGAGAAGGAGUUUGGGACUGGAAGUUUAAUCCAGAGGUGUCAGCCAAAGUGUUCUGCAGACACGCAAAAAGCCCAAACCCUUUCCUAACACAUUACCCACUUCUGCAAGGUUUUUUUCUUUUGUGCAGGGUGUGUGUGUGUGUGUGUGUGUGAGUGUACUGUGUGCAGCAAAACGAACGGAGUAAUGUUUUUUUAAAGAGAAAACAACCUGGCUUUGACAUUUAUCUGCACAAAGAAUAAAACCAAUAAACAGAACAUCCAUGAGAGCAAAUCCUGUUUAUGAGUCCUACGGCUGUUUGCUUUCUCUGCUCCCCCUUUUUGGCCCAAAAAGAGUUGAAGCAUGCUCUUUGGGAAGAAGGCUUUGCUUCUCUAGCAUUAAAUGUCAGAGGUUCUGAUAAGUCUGAGAAACAUGCCUUUGAAGGUGCCUUUUUCUGUUGUUCUUGCAGUGUAGAUGGUAGAUCCAAUAAACACCUGCAUUUUGACUGGCCCUUAGUCCAACAAAAAAGUCUGCUCAGUUUGGAAAGCCGUGUUUACAGCGGUUGUUACCAGUCAUAGAGAUUUGUAUUUCUUUGAGGAAAAAAACGUGGCUUGCCUGUAAAUCCACUACGAAUACUCUUUUGAUAGACACUUUGUUAUUAAGAAGUAUAAACAAAACCGGUUCUAUCAGACUCUGCUUCCUACAGUUACCAUACAAAUAGCAAAAGGUUAGAUUGCUAUUUUGUCAUAAGCCGUAUUUAAUAAUAUAAAAUGCCUAUUUUUAUGCUGAUGCUUUUAUACAGAUUUAUUAAGAGUAACUACAACUAACUGUUAGCACGACUUGCAAUAUGUUUUGAUAAACUAGCCAUGCUCCUGGGUUUGAAAUCAAGUAGGCUUGUCUUCCGUCUCAGUCUGCGGAGGAGAAGACUCAGUGUCUCAGAAGUUUGACUGUAAAUAUGUAUAUUUAACUUUGUACAGACAAUGUACUUACCUUGUAUAGAAAAAUAAUUUAAACGCAUUGAGCGAAGGGAGAAAAAGAAAGGCAGUUGUCAGAGGUUGGGAUUUUAUUCCACUUUUAUUUAAAUGAUGGAAUUCUGUGUGUGUUCAUAUAAAGAGUUUUAGCACAAAAUAUCCACUAUGAAAGAGUUUCAGAUAUGACACUGACCACUGACUGCACCACUGUCUCUUUCAAUAGGAGAUAUCAUUAAUUCUGCAUCUUAUUUAUGUUUUUUUUCUGCUUUGGUUUUUUCUUCCAGUUAUUCAUAGCAAGACAUAGGCUGUUGCUAAGAUUGGAUAGCACCAAAUUAAUCUAUCCAGCAAAGUAACACAAUAAUACUGACUGUAUAUAACCUACUCAUUUAGAGGUUUAUUUUCUGUUCUCGCUCUUGCCAUUUUAAGUUACACACACACACACACACACACACACAUCACAAUUUAUUUUUGUGUUGAUUUUUGUUCCUUAUUGCAGUGGAUUACUAUUUGGCAAUUAAUAAAUGGAAGUAUUGAAUUAC